AGAUGAUAUGGAGGAAAUGUUAUGAAGACGGGUUUUAUGCCAAUAAUCAUACUUGUGCAAGAAAACUAGCAUUUCACAGGCUAAAAUUAGGCGUGGAUUUAAAAAUACACAUUGAAGAGCUGUUGAAUCGCCAUCUCUGGAAAAUGGAUCCAGGAUACUUAUUACAUCUCGCUAUUUGAAAUACGUCUCAAUUCAUCUCCUCACUGGCUUUCUUUCUACCACCAACAACAUACCAGUCCGACGUCGACGACAGCUAGCGAGUAUUGCUAGCCACCUAGCUAACACUGCUAGGUUUCCCCAGUAGUUUUUUCUCAGAUGUCCACAAUGACAACUAAGGUCCUGCAUGCUCCACCCACACCUAGCCCUUCCUCUUCGUGAUUGAACAGCUGCUGACUGACCAGAGAGGUGCAAAAUGUCUGUUGCCAUGACUUAAAGACAUCAAUCAAAGAUGGAGAAAAAGAAAAUGUGUCCCCGUCUACUGGACUACCUGGUGGUGGUGGGAGCCAGGCAGCCCAGCACUGACAGCGGGUCCCAGACCCCCCAGCUCCUCCGCCGUUACCCGCUGGAGGACCACCCAGACUUCCCUCUGUCCCCGGACGUGGUCUUCUUCUGUCAGCCUGAGGGAUGCCAGAGCAUCCGGCAGCGCCGGGUCAGCCUGCGAGACGACGCCUCCUUCGUCUUCGCACUCACUGACAAAGACUCGGGCAUCACGCGCUAUGGUAUCUGCGUCAACUUCUACCGCUCCUUCCAGCGAGGGGGGCACCGCCGCGACAAGGCGGGUAGCAGUGGAACGGCAGCACAGACAGUGGAAGCGACCAGCGAGGGUUCGGAUGGCAGCGGUGGCUGCCCCAAUGCCUCCACGUUGCCGAUGCCUGCCAGUGCCGACACAACAACCACACCUAUACCAGGCACGGAGCCGGGACCACCUGGUGGCGAGCCAAAUGCCGGCAGGUCCCCUCGGCACAAACGCAGCACUGCCAAGAUGGUCAGUCAGAACCGCGACAGCACGCUGACCUCGCUGUGCAUGAUCAGCCACUACCCCUUUUUCUCCACCUUUAGGGAGUGCCUGUACAUCCUCAAGAGAAUGGUGGACUGCUGCAGCCACAGGAUGACCCAGCGCGCCGGCCUGCCCCGCGCAACUCAGAGGGACACCAUGUGGCGCGUGUUCACGGGGGCCCUGUUGGUGGAGGAGAAAGGCAGCCAGCUGCUGGCUGACCUGCGGGAGAUCGAGUCCUGGGUCUACCGCCUCCUGCGCUCCCCGGUGCCCGUGGCGGGCCAACGGCGCGUAGAUGUGGAGGUGCUGCCCCACGAGAUGCAGCCGGCACUCACCUUCGCCCUGCCCGACAACUCUCGCUUCUCCAUGGUGGACUUUCCCCUGCACCUGCCCCUGGAGUUGCUGGGUGUGGAUGCCUGCCUCAUGGUGCUCAGCUGCAUCCUGCUGGAGCACAAGGUGGUCCUCCAGUCGCGGGACUACAAUGCCCUGACCAUGAGUGUCAUGGCGUUUGUAGCCAUGAUCUACCCCCUGGAGUACAUGUUCCCUGUCAUUCCCUUACUGCCCACCUGCAUGGCCUCCGCUGAACAGCUUCUCCUCGCCCCCACCCCUUACAUCAUAGGUGUGCCUGCCAGCUUCUUCCUCUACAAAUCCGAUUUCAAAAUGCCCGACGAUGUGUGGCUCGUGGACCUGGACUGUAACAAGGUCAAAGCACCCACCAAUGCAGAGCACCUACCCCUUCUUCCCGAGCCGGAAUCCACAGAACUCAAGAAACACCUGAAACAGGCCCUGGCCAGCAUGAGUCUCAACACCCAGCCCAUUCUGAACCUGGAGAAGUUCCAGGAGGGCCAGGAGUUACCCCUGCUCCCCCCCGGCCAGAACAAGGCGUCGCCCUCCUCCACCGAGUUCAACCCCCUCAUCUACGGCAACGACGUGGACUCUGUGGAUGUGGCCACCAGGGUUGCCAUGGUGCGGUUCUUCAACUCCCCCAAUGUGCUCCAGGGUUUCCAGAUGCACACACGUACGCUGCGUCUCUUCCCCCGGCCUGUGGUGGCAUUCCAGGCCACGUCCUUCCUGGCCUCUCGGCCCCGACGCUCCGGCUUCGCUGAGAAGCUGUCGCACACCCAGGCCGUGGAGUACUAUGGCGAGUGGGCCCUCAACCCCACCAACCUGGCCUUUCAGAGGAUCCACAACAACGUGUAUGACCCAUCUUUAAUCGGAGACAAGGGCAAGUGGUACGCCCACCAGCUGCAGCCAGUGUUCUACCGUGUGUAUGACGGCAGCUCCCGGCUGGCCGAGGCCAUGAGCGGACCCCUAGAAGAUGAGGCCAAUGACUCAGACCCCACAGACGACAGUGACAGUGAGGCUGGCUACGAUGACUCCAGUUCUUCCUACUCGUCACUUGGAGACUUGGUGAGCGAAAUGAUCAAAUGUGACAUCCAAGGGGACACGCCAAACCUGGAUCCCCCUACCCACGCUGCACUCGGAGACGCCAGCGAAGUGGAGUUCCAGGACUUCCAGGAGUUCAAGGGAGGAGACGGUCCCCUCCCCCAAGAGAAGGCACUGUCCGAGGGGGGCGACGGAGCUCCUGAACCUCCUGAUGGACAAGCCCUCCGCUCGAGCUCCAGCACAACCGCCAGCUCCAGCCCCAGCACAAUCAUCCAGGGAGUCAACAAUGAGCAGGCAGAACCAGUGGAAAUGGAGGCAUUGGCCAGUACAGCUCUACAGAACCCUGUCCCGGGAUUGGGCGCUCCGCCUUUCUCCAGACCUCCCCCAGACGCUGCCCCGGUGGGACCAGCCAAUAAGAAGGGAGAGUACGACAACCCCUACUUUGAGCCUCAGUAUGGCUUCCCCGCUGAGGAGGACCCGGAGGCAGAAGACCAAGAGGAGACGUACACGCCCCGGUUCAACCAGAACCUCAAUGGCAACAAAGCCCAACGCCCCCUGAGGCCCAGCAGCCUAAAGCUGCCCGGAGAGUCGGACGGAGAGGGCGACUCCCGCAACAGUUCUCCAAACUCCACCAUCUCCAACAACAGCAGCGAUGGCUUUGGGGGCCUCAUGUCCUUUGCCAGUAAUCUGUACAAGAACCACGGUUCCAGCUUCAGCCUCUCCAACCUGUCUGUACCCAACAAGGGGGGUCUGAGAGAGAAGGCCGCUGGGGCUGGGCCCUUCCCCAAUCUCAAAGGAGGUGCCCGCGGUCCCCCCAGGGCGCUUGUUGACCAGAAGUCGUCGGUCAUUAAGCACAGUCCCACGGUCAAGAGAGAGUCCCCUUCGCCCCAGGGUCGUGCCAACAACACCAGUGAGAACCAGCAGUUCCUGAAGGAGGUGGUGCAGAGCGUGCUGGAGGGCCAAGGCGUGGGCUGGCUCAACAUGAAGAAGGUACGCCGCCUGCUGGAGAACGAGCAGCUGCGCGUCUUCGUGCUGAGCAAGCUGAACCGUGCCGUCCAGUCUGAGGAGGAUGUCAGGCAGGAGGUCAUCCGUGAUGUGGAGAUUGGCAGGAAGGUUUACAAGGGCAUGUUAGACAUACUGAAGUGCACCGUUUCUAGUCUGGAACACUCGUACACCAAUGCCGGGCUUGGAGGCAUGGCCAGCAUCUUCGUUCUGCUGGAAAUCGCACGCACCCACUACCAAACCAAAGUAGACCCAGAGAAGCACAAAAGGAGCCCCAGUGACUCUGCAAGCAGUCCGGGCAGCAAGGACAGCCCGUCUGCCCGCAUGGAGGGCACCAGGCCCCCGGUGCUCCUCCUCGUUCCCCGUCUCCAACUGCCGCACCCCACCUCGGGGGGAAAAGACACCCACCACUUUGACACCCGGAGUCUGAACGAGGAGAAUUUUAUUGCCUCCAUUGAAUUGUGGAGCAGGCACCAUGAAAAGGAUAAGCAAAAAGCUAUGGAAAAACAACAGAGAGCGGAGGGGGCUAAGAAACAGCACCCUGAGCUGACUGACACGGAGGAGAAGAAGUCCCAGAUCAGUGCUGACAGUGGCCUCAGUGUCACCUCUGGAUCCCAGAAGAGUGACACAGAGUCUGUGACCGGCACUGAACCGCCAGUCCUUACCAGAAGCACCAGCCAGGACUCAGAGGCCAGCACAGUGAUAAGUAACAGCUCAGGGGAGACGCUGGGAGCUGACAGUGACUUGAGUAGCACCGCUGGGGAGGGCUUGGGUGGCAGGCAUGCCCCCCAUCUCAACCUCUCCAGGGGAACACUGUCCGACAGCGAGGUUGAGACCAACCCGGCCACCAGCUCAGUGUUUGGUAAGACCCAAAAGAUGAAGCCUGGUGUGAAGGAGGCGAAGGCUAAACUUGUGCCUGUUGUGGCUAAGGGGCCUCCCACCCAGCCCUUGGAAGACAUCAGCAUGAGGAUUUACCUAUGUGAUGGCCUGCUGGGGCGCGACAAGAGCUCCAUGUGGGACCAGCUGGAGGAUGCUGCCAUGGAAACGUUCUCUCUGAGUAAGGAGCGCUCUACACUGUGGGACCAGGUCCAGUUCUGGGAGGAUGCUUACUUGGAUGCUGUAAUGUUGGAGAGGGAGGGGAUGGGUAUGGACCAGGGACCUCAAGAGAUGAUUGACAGAUACCUGUCACUCGGGGACCACGACCGUAAGCGCCUGGAGGACGAUGAGGACAGGCUGCUAGCUACUCUACUGCACAAUAUGAUUGCCUACAUGCUAAUGGUUAAGGUGAACAAGAAUGACAUCAGGAAGAAGGUGAGGCGUCUGAUGGGGAAGUCCCACAUCGGCCUUAGCCACAGCCAGGAGAUCAACGAGUGUCUGGACAAACUGGCUAAUUUGAAUGGUCGCGAGCUGUCCAUCAGACCUAGCGGAAGCCGUCACAUCAAGAAGCAGACCUUCGUGGUGCAUGCUGGGACUGAUACCACGGGGGACAUCUUCUUCAUGGAGGUGUGUGAUGACUGUAUAGUCCUGCGCAGCAACAUUGGCACAGUGUAUGAGCGCUGGUGGUACGAGAAGCUCAUCAACAUGACCUACUGCCCCAAGACCAAGGUCCUGUGUCUGUGGAGACGCAAUGGCCAGGAGACCCAACUCAACAAGUUCUACACCAAGAAGUGUCGCGAAUUGUAUUACUGUGUGAAGGACAGCAUGGAAAGAGCUGCUGCCCGACAGCAGAGCAUUAAACCAGGUCCAGAGCUGGGUGGAGAGUUCCCUGUGCAGGACAUGAAGACUGGCGAGGGAGGACUGCUGCAAGUCACCCUGGAAGGCAUCAACCUUAAAUUCAUGCACAGCCAGGUUUUCAUAGAGCUGAAUCACAUUAAAAAGUGCAAUACUGUGAAGGGAGUCUUUGUCCUGGAGGAAUUUGUUCCUGAAACUAAGGAAGUGGUGAUCCACAAGUACAAGACACCCAUGGCACACCAGAUCUGUUACUCCGUCCUCUGCCUUUUCUCCUACGUGGCUGCGGUGAAGGGGAAGGAAGCAGAAGGCAAGCCCAAGCUUCUAUCUCCAAGACCCCUGGCCAGCUAGUCUACAACCCCUCUAAUCUACCCCCCCCGUGCCUCUCACUCUGCAACAAAGUGUAAUCUCGGCCCUACUAUGACAUUGAGUUCUGACAAUCCUUGAUCCUACACACCUCUUUACUCCUCUUUGCACCCUAUAAGUACAUCUCCAAGAAAUACCCUCUACUCUUUGCGCCUUGCGAUGUAAGUAAAAUUCCUAUGGUGUGUGUGUGUGUGUAUGUACAUGUGAUCCCUAGUCUGUGGCAUCGUGUGUACACCCUUCCCAACCAUGGUCACGUCCACUAGGCUCCUCCCAUACAGGCCCAGCCUGAUGUCUUGGCCGUAAGCUUGCUUGAUCUUCAAGGCGACAGUUCGUUCCCCAUCUCUUUCUUCUCUCGUCCUGGCCUGCUGCCAAGGUCUUAUUGGUUGUUUUUAAUGGGAUGGAGACAGCAAGAGGGAGGGAUGUGAGCCACAGCUCUGCAAGUCGAUAAGAAAGCAACCAACCGCCCCGUCCACUCUCUGCGACUGUGUGAUGAAUAUUCUAUGUGGUACUACUGUAAAACUCCAGUCUGUCCAAACCGGUGAAACGUUUAAAAAGUGCUCUAGUACUGACGGUUGUCACUUUGUUAAUAAAUGCUACUUCUGCAUGGUGCAUCAAACACUGCACGUAAAAGCUUUUAAGGUUUCAUUCCUUUUGAUCCCAAAAUAUCUUGUGUGGUCCAAGAUGUGUGCAUCUCUUUAGCUUGCCCAGUGUUGCGAAACUACUGUAGUAGUUCUACUGUCAAAUGUCUUGUCUGUGGUCCUCUGUAUUGAAUGUUACUGUGGAGAGAAAAAAUGCUGUACAUUUCAACAUAAGAUGUUUUGCAAAGUGUGGUUUAUUCACUAGAUGUGCAAUACUUUACGUAGUUAGCCAGAGCCAGAUCAUUGUUCUGUUUUUGUUUUUUUAUCUUGGCAAUUCUGGCUUACACAGAGCAAAGAUUGUAAAAAAGGACUUCAUUGUCGUACAUAUUUAUUGAAGUAAAUAAAUAUGACCUAUUGUUUAUACUUGCGAAAUCACUAUUUGGAGAUUCUAGAGAUGUGUAAACCUACUGCUGUUAUGGUUUUGUCUGUUGGAGAGGUGGGUUAAGUCUUCAUGUUGUGUCUGUUGUAGUAAGAUAAAUCCAAUCUAGUCCCAUUUCAGCCCAAUUGUAAGUGGUGUGUAUGUGAGUGUAUACAUGCAUUGUAUUGUUUUGCCAGAUAAGCAAUAUAUGAAUAAUACAGCUAUAUGAUCAGGAUAUUGUUUUUAAUGUUUACGUGGCUUUUAUUUUUUUAGAGAUGAAAUGCGUGUGUAAGGAACAUAUUGUUACAACUUCCAUGAGGUAAUUAUUUAAGGUAUUUCAUUCUUGACAAAAACACUGGUGUAAAUAUGAGA